AAAAGUAAUCCAUACGACUCCAGUGGUUAAAUCCAUGUUCUCAGAAGCGACGCAGUCUUUUUUUUUCUAUUAAUCUCCACUUUCACAUUCUUCUUCUUUUGCUUUUUGGCGAUUCACAUUCUUCAGGCAUAUCGCCACCUACUGGGCAGGGAGGAGAAUUUAUAAUAAAAAAGGACUUAUAUAGUGAUCUGUUUCUCACCCACAACUAUCGUAGUCAUAUGGAUUACUUUUAUGCUGCCUUUAUGUACUUUUUGGAGCUUCAAAGUUCUGGUCACCAUUCAGAAUGUAGUUAUGGACCUACAAAGCUGAGAAUUUCUUCUAAAAAUCAUUGUUUGAAUUCUACAGAACAAAGAAAGUCAUACAUAUCUGGGAUGUGAUGAGGGUGAGUAAAUGAGAGAAUUUUCAUUUUUGAGUGAACUGUCUCUUUAAAUAAAUAACACACAAACAACAGUACAUUAUCAUGUCUUCAUUGUACCCACUGUGUAAACAUUCACAGUGCAGAGUGAAAAAAAAGGAAAAAGAGAAUCCCAAGGAGAAUGAAUUCAAGUUAACUGGAGCCAAGAGUCAGUUAACUUGGAGUCAAAUCAAUUAGAUUAGAGGUGUUGUUCAGAGCCCCUCUUCAUCACUCCGUGACAAGACCAAACCAGGUAUUCCAGGUGAAUCCAAAGGUUCGUAUACUUUUUCUUUCAACUGUAAAUGGGUUUUAGGAAGCUAUGACCCUUGUGUUAGCUAGGGAGCACCUCAACACCAGUUGAUAUGUAACAGAUACUACUGAACAUCUAGUCCCUAAUAGUUUGACAUUUGCUUGUCUCACAUACGGUAUAUGAUACUUGCCCACCAGCAGCUAAAAGAGAUUGGUGGUGAGACUGUAGAAGUAAACAGCAUUUAGAAAGCAACCAUAAUGAGAGGUCGCAGUAAUUCCGGAGUGAAACUUGAUAACUAUGCAAGAAUGUUGCAACAGACAAUCCUCUGUCACCAGGAUCCGGUGACAGGGUUACUUCCAGGUGAUGAGCAGUUACCUCAUGCCUGGGUUAGAGAUAAUGUAUACUGCAUCCUGUCUGUGUGGGCUUUGAGUUUAGCCUAUAGGAAGAAUGCAGACAGAGAUGAAGAUAAAGCCAAAGCCUAUGAACUGGAACAGAGUGUGGUCAAGCUCAUGCAAGGCUUACUGCAGUGUAUGAUGAGGCAGCUUGAUAAGGUGGAGAAGUUCAAGUAUAGCAAAAGCACCACAGACUGCCUUCAUGCCAAAUACCAUACAGGAACUUGUGCUACUGUAGUUGGUGAUCAGGAAUGGGGCCAUCUACAGGUGGAUGCUACAUCCAUCUUCCUGCUCUUCCUGGCCCAGAUGACAGCAUCAGGGCUGCAUAUUGUUUACACUCGUGAUGAGGUUGAUGUAGUGCAGAAUCUGAUCUUUUACAUUGAAUCUGCAUACAAAGUGGCGGAUUUUGGAAUGUGGGAACGAGGAGACAAGACCAAUCAAGGCAUCCCCGAGAUUAACGUCAGCUCUAUUGGAAUGGCAAAGGCAGCUUUGGAGGCCUUGGAUGGACUGAACCUUUUCGGUGCCAAAGGUGGCCCGGAGUCUGUUGUACACGCUUUAGCCGAUGACAUUCAGCACUGCCAAUCUAUUCUUAGCUCUAUGCUUCCAAGGGCAUCUACAUCCAAAGAGGUGGAUGCUGGGGUUCUGUCCAUCAUUUCUUAUCCAGCAUUUGCAGUUGAAGAUACUGAAACUGUUAAUAUCACCAAAGAGGAAAUUAUUUCAAAACUUCAGGGCCGAUAUGGAUGCUGUCGCUUCCUCAGGGACGGACACAAAACUCCCCGUGAGGACCCCAAUCGCUUGUACUAUGAGUCAUCGGAGCUGAAGCUCUUCGAGAACAUAGAGUGCGAAUGGCCACUGUUCUGGACAUACCUCAUCCUGGAUGGCAUUUUUAUCAAUAGACCUGAACAGGUUCAGGAAUACAGAGAGGCUUUAGAUAGUAUUCUCAUCAAAGGGAAGAAUGGAUUACGUCUGGUCCCUGAGCUUUAUAGUGUUCCUCCAGAUAAGGUUGAUGAAGAGUAUGUUCAUCCACACACUGUUGAUAGAGUGCCAAUAGGCAAGUGUCCACUAAAAUGGGGCCAGUCUCUGUACAUAUUGGGUAACCUGCUGGCAGAGGGUUUCUUAGCACCUGGAGAAAUCGAUCCUCUCAAUAGACGCCUUUCCACUGUCCCCAAGCCUGAUGUAGUAGUUCAAGUGUCUAUCCUGGCAGAAAAUGAGGAGAUUAAACAGCUCCUGCAGGGACACGGCAUUGAUUCAGAAACCCUGGAGGACAUUCACCCAAUCAGAGUCCAGCCCUCCAGAGUACUCAGUCACAUCUACGCUAGACUAGGGCGUAACCAAAGACUGGGCCUGACUGGAAGGCCCUACCGCCGAAUUGGUGUGCUUGGAACAUCCAAAUUCUACAUUAUUCGCAACACCAUCUUCACCUUUACACCUCAAUUUGUAGACCAUCAUGAGUUUUAUCUGGCUCUGGACAAUCACAUGGUAGUGGAGAUGCUCCGUAUCGACCUCUCUUACCUCUGCUCUCGCUGGAGGAUGACCGGCCGACCCACAGUGACCUUCCCUGUUUUACACGGCAUGCUCACUGAUGAUCACAAAUACAUUGAUCCUGCUGUUUUGGCCACCUUGAAAAAACUACAGGAUGGUUACUUUGGAGGAGCAAGGGUUAAGACUGGGAAACUUUCCGCUUUUCUUGACACUUCCUGUUGUGCCCAUCUUACGUUUAUGGACUGUGAGGUGGAUGACCUGGCUGUAUAUCUGGAUCAGCUACUAGCAGUUCCUGGGCAGAGCACCAUUAGUGCCACUAAAGGAGGCCUGAACCGCUUCAGGGCUGCCGCCCUAAAGACCCUAGAGAUGGUGUCUCUAGUGCACAAAGCCAGAGAACUCAAUAUACACAAUGUGCACAUGUACCUUCCUACUAAACUGUUCCGUUCUCCAGCACCAAACCUUAAUUUGCAGAAUAACAAAGGCAAGGUGCCUGAGUCACAAGCCAUUUCUACAAUGAACCUGCCCAGAGAUAUCAAUGGUGGGAUUGACUACUCAGCCCUAGUUAAGAUGCUGAAACACACUCAAAACUUGCAGGAUCAGGCUGACAUUCUCUACAUCCUCUUCAAAGACAAGGGAAUGGACUGGGACACCAGGCUACAUGGGAAAGGGUGGACAGUGCAACGGCUCCUGAGUGACUUGUAUGAAACGGCAGGAAACCUGAAACACUGGGGCCUCAUCCGGAUGAUCUGUGGAAUGCUACGCAAGAAAGUCGAGGAGCUGGAUGCAGCUUGCUCCGAUUUGCUAAGUCAUCAGAAACAUCUUACAGUUGGCCUUCCUCCUGAACCACGAGAGAAAACUAUAUCAGCCCCUAUGCCCCCAGAUAAACUGGCAAAGCUCAUUGAUGAAGCUAGUGAGAACAACCUCACCAUUGCUAUUCUCACUCAGGAGAUAAUGGUGUUCCUGGGCAUGAGCAUUCGUACCCAGCCAAAACUAUUCAGUGAAAUGUUCCGCCUCCGUACUGGCCUCAUUCUUCAGGUCAUGGUCACUGAGCUCUCCCAGUCCCUCAAUUGCUCAGGUGAGGAGGCUACAGAGAGUUUGAUGAACAUGAGCCCAUCUGAGCUUAAAAACCUGCUGCUUCAUAUUCUCAGUGGCAAAGAGUUUGGAGUUCAAAAAAGUGUACGCUCAACAGGAAAUGUGGUCAGCUCUGCCAUCAGUAUCCAGGACAUGAGCAAAUCUGGCUCAACCAAAACUGAACUAAAAUUCAAAAGCAAACAGGGGUCUGAUAUCAAACUGUUUGUGUCAGUCCAUUCCUUGGAUAUUGGUAACACUGAAUCUGGGAGGUACAGACUUCCAUACAUCGAGUCAUUUCAGGGAUCGUUAGGAGCUACAUUGGUGCGUGACAGCAGACAUGGCCAGUGGCUUCGUCGCAGACGUCUAGAUGGAGCUCUUAACCGAGUUCCCAUUGGUUUCUAUCAGAAUGUGUGGAAGAUUUUGCAGAAGUGUCAUGGGUUGUCUAUUGAGGGCUUUGAACUUCCAUCCUCAACCACAAGAGAGAUGACUCCAGGUGAAAUAAAGUUUGCAGUGCAUGUGGAAACAGUGCUGAACCGCGUUUCGCAGCCUGAAUACAGACAGUUGUUGGUGGAAGCCAUCCUGGUACUGACCAUGCUGGCCGAGGUGGACAUCCAGAGCGUGGGUGGUGUCAUUCAGGUGGAGAAGAUAGUACAAAUGGCCAGUGACAUGUUCUAUAAAGAUCAGAAAGAACUGGGAGCUGAUGAGAGUCUCCUCGAGAGAGAUCAGUCAACCGGCAUCUGCAGGCUACUCUAUGACAGCGCCCCUAGUGGUCGUUUUGGAAGCAUGACCUACCUUUUUAAAGCAGUGACUACAUAUGUUGAGGACUUUCUUCCCAGUGGAGCUUGUGCUCUUCAGUGAGACAGAAAUAUGUAAUUUUGUCUUAAAGAUGCACUCAGUAAUUCUUUCCUCUUUAAAAUGUUUUACCCUAAAGAAAUAAAUGUUACUUUUGAAAAAUAUAUUUGAAAUCACAUACACUCACAUGAGAUGACAACUUAAGUCAGAUCAGUAUAAAAAAUAAAAGCUAUGUUUCAUUUAACAUGGAGCUAGUUUGCCUAAUGGGGGUCACCAUGUUGAGAUCACAUGACCAGUUGAAUACAACUUGCAUUAUUUUAUUUGCUUAUGUUGAAUUAAUUGAUCAUGGCCUACUGCCAAAAGUGCACUUCUACAAUGACAUUGGUAACUGAGAACUAUUACUAUAGAACUAGAUGUUAGUAUAGGUCAGUAGAAGUCCAAGAUGACUGCCGUAUUAGCCUGCAUAAUAAAAAACUCUGACAUCCCCUUUAAGGAUUUUGAAGAAGGCUAGUCAGCCUCAUAGCAAUAUACAAUCUCUUUCAACCUCAAUAUUGGACAGUUAAAUCUUAAAUUUACAGUUAAAUGCUAGGUGCAGUGAUUUUU